AUGAUGCAUGAUAGAGAAAGAAGACCAAAUACCUUUUUCACUCUCCGGUAUUUGGUGACUGUCACUUUCCUCAUCUGUUGUGUACUUCUUGUCAAGAUACCUUUAUCGGAAUCUAUGGGUAUUCACGGACUUUCCUCGUUCAUUCAAGAACAUUCAAGCCUUGGAAAACAUAAAUCUUGGAAUGAAAACGAUUCAGAGGAUUCAUGUUUUAUAGUUGAUGGCAACGCCUAUGUGUAUCAUUAUGCACUUCAAUGCAAGACUGAUUGGACGUAUGGAGCCGAUCUGGUGAGAUCGCACGUCAUCGCUCUUCGUCAGGCCAGAAUCACCCCCGUUUUUUUAUUCGAUGGUGCCCUCCCGCAGGACAAGGAAGCCACACGAAUUAAGCGCUAUCGAAAUUACAUCGAAAAGGUCGUUUCUACCUUUAACAGCCUUAAGCAAAUCAAUGACAGCAACAAGACAGGCGAAGAAAAUCCUGAAGAUGCCAUCCAAUACUGGGGAGAUCUCUAUCUUAUCCCACCACUUACUCUUGAGGUGGUUGUACAAACCCUGAGAGAACUUGAUGUUGAAGUAAUAAUGUGUCGAGGAGAAGCGGAUGGAAUGGUAGCAGAAUUGGCUGAAGAAAGAGACGGUUAUGUGGUAUCAAAGGAUUCAGAUAUGCACGUAUACCCACAUCUUGGUAAGGGAUAUCUGCCCCUCGACCUUUUCUCGAUUGGCAAAGAUCCUAUUGUAUCUGGCACACUAUACCAACCACAAGUAUUGGCAAGUUUUCUGCGGAUCGAUACAUCUAUGCUACCAUUGUUUGGUACAUUGCUAGGCAACGAUUACUUUGAUAUUCAAAUGGUACGGUACCCUAUUAUGGAGUGGUGUUCUGCCCAUGGGUUUGGACUCAAAAGCCAGAGCAGUGCUCAAUGGCCUAAGUACGUCGCAGAAUUUCUACGGACAAUCGUACCCAAAAAUGGGAUAGAUAAGGAAGUCAUCGGAGCUGUUGUUAAAGAACUCAAGCCGAUUAUUCUUGCCAGCAGCAUGAACCAGCGCCAGGAAAAGGCUGACGGACUCGAACAAGCAAUCAUUUGCUCUAUCGAACGCUACGAUUCUACAUCACCUCUGAUUACUACUGAUGUAGAAGCAAAACAGGCCAUCGAGCUAAGCAGUCUUCUUCAAGCAGGUCAGUUGAGUAGACAAAUCCUGGACAUCGUGGAAACACAAACAUUUUGGUCCUUCAUAUUCCUUGAAGACCUUUCAAAGGAAUCUAGCUGUGUCGCGAGCCAGUCCUUACGACAAUACCUGUACACAUUGGUCCAUCCAAACGCUACACCGACUGUUACUGAAUACCUCCGCGAGAAGCAGCAUCUGGCUACUGUUGAAGUCCCUGGGUUGAGUUUGGAAGCGAUAGGAAAUAUUAUUCAUAAGCCAGUCAAGGCAGACGAUCUACUCAAAAAUUACAAAUUGCGAUCCGAGCUAUUUUUAAGUUUGCACAACACUACGCCUGCCAUUCUUGCAAAAGCAAACACAACUUUACAUUCACUUAUUCUCUGUCUGCGCUAUCUCAUCACUUCUUCACAUGAAAACAUCAAUAGACAACUUGCCAACCAUGAGGUAAUCGGUCUCCUGGUAGCAGGAAUGAAGUCUUUAGGCCCACAUAUUGGGUUCGCGCCUUCAGAUAUGCCUUCUCCAGAUCGAUCUAAGCCGAGUCUGAAUAAGCGUGCCAUUCAUCUCGCAGCCCAAUACCAGGCUGUUCUGUAUAGCUCUUAUCUCUUGGGACAGCUUGUAUAUGGGCCUGGACAAUAUCUCCAGGUUACUGGUGUAUUAGCAUCCUCUUACGAUGGGUUAGAGAUUCACACUUCACUUCAACAUGCUCGCGUCGGUGCUCACCUCAGCCGCAUUCUAGCGGGUUCAUCAACUGAGUUCAAGACAAUGUUCUGUCACCUGUGGGCUAUUGUCACUGAUAAACUAGAGCAUGCGAUCUCCCCAGUAUUUGAUUAUGGUCUGCCUUCACUCUCUCAAGGACCAGUUCCAGCUAAAUAUUGGACUCGCCAGACUAAUCUCAAAAAACGGGCCAAAAGCUCGGGCGAGCCUAAAAAUGACCGGUCUGCCAAGCGGACAACGGCAAAAUCAUCCCCAGGACAGGCUAGAGAGCCUAACAAGAACGUAUUUAACGUGUUGAGCUUUGGAUGUAGUUUUGAUGACGAAUAG